AUGCCGGCAGCCAUCAAACGAAGGAAGCUAUCAACGACAGCCAAGGCCGCGUCUUCCUCCGCAAACAGACCUCGAGGGAUCGACGCUUUCACGAGAGUUUCCAAGGGAAGCAGCGUUACUAAAUCAGUUAUCGAGAAGAAUUACCAUGCCGAUAUCACCGUUACUCCUUCCCAAAAUUAUGCUUCGACCACGCGAAAACGGAAAUUAGUUGUGAUCGAGGAGGACGCGGAAAUCGCUGAGGACACCUCGCAAAUCCUGUCUGCUUCUAGCAGGCCCAAGACGAAGUUGUUGCCACGGCGAAGAGCAAGUGAAGCAAGACCGACCCCACAAACUCCGCAAAAAUUGAUCCGCAACUGCGAAUCUCCUGACUCAAUUGAAACACCCACGAAAGGAGCUCGAGGUCUCCUUGACCGACUUUUCCUUUCUUCGACCACUCCUACCCGAUCAUCACUCAACCACGAUUCAUCUACUUCAUAUAUUCUCGAUCCUAACACACAUCCUUCUCCGGGGCAAAAUCCUCAGGACCUCCCAACCGAAUUACUCGACCUCAUAAACCUACACGCAGCAUUCCUUACCGCAUCAUCACUUCACUACGCCCAUAAUGGAACACACUCACCGGCGGAUCUCCGCAUGCUCUGCCCGAACGUGGCCCGAGCCUGGGGUAAGCGCAGCGUGACACUUGAGGACAUUCGCCGGACUCUCGGCGUGUUGAAUACCAAUAUCGGGGAAGACUGCAGUGAUCAUAGGAUAUCACGGCUCAUACUUUCUGAUUAUGGACAUGGCAAAAUAUGUAUCGAGAUUGGGACAGCCGCAGGUAAACCUGGUAGGAUUGCCAGGCCUGUGAACGAGGAUCUUUUGAAUGGCAUAUUUGUAAGGGGGUUAACGGCAGCCUGGGAGUCAAGAGCCUCCACGGAGACGGAGCCGAAAGAAUUCAUCGGAAGUUUACCCUUAGAGGCCAUUACUACAUGCUCGUCAUUUAAGAUUUCGCCUAUGGCUGCCAAGGGACAACGAAGACUAGAAGAUUUGAAACACGGAAUCACCAUCACGAAGGAGCAGGAGAAAAGCAAGUGCAGCGUGAAGGAAGAAGCUACUCCCUCUUCCAUCGGCGCAAAACCAACUCUCCUCGAGCGCCUAAGAGCGAAACAACAGCAGUUAUCCAGCCUGCCACCACCACCAUCAAAGGAAGAACUUGAUCGCAAGGCAGCAUUAUCAAGAAUCGAGGGAGUAGCAGCUGUGUUGGCAAAUCUAAGCACGUCCAGAUCUGUCGGCCAGCAAAGGGUCUCUUUUACUCUCCCAACUGUUCUGGGCAAAUUGCGGGAUUCAUUGAAUACACCUAUGUCUAAAGAGGAGGGAGAAACUUGUCUUCGGCUGAUGGCCGCGGAGAUAGCCCCUGACUGGGUGGCUAUUGUGAAAUUGGGUAAAAUGGAAGCCCUUGUUGUGAAUAGGGAUGCAAGACCUAGAGAAUCGAGUAUUAGAGAGCGUGUUGAGCACGCUACUUGA